AUGACCAAUCGUUUAAUCUAUCGAUGGUCGAAACGAAUUCUAUCAAUUUUUAUGACACAAAUAAAAAGUUUCUUUUCAAUUCUAUCAACAUCGAUUCCAACACCACUUUCAUGGUUAAUUUUAUUAGUUUUAAAUAUUUCUUUUCGAUUAUUUCCUUAUGUCAUUAUCCGAUCGUGCGACAUUGUGACAAAUCGUACAUUCAUACUAAUCAGUCUCAUUUUCAUAUGUCUCUAUAAAGUUUAUAAAUGGUUAAAUCCUGAUCCAAAGUAUGAAUUAGAUUUUACAGGCGAUAUCUAUCUAGAUGAUGUAUCUCAAUUGAAUAAGACUCGUAUAUCAUCCAUUUUUUAUCCUCGGACAGUCAAUGAUAUUCAAUAUUUGAUUGGUAAAGCUCGAUCAGAAAAUAAAACCAUAUCUGUACGAGGACAAGCUCAUACAAUGGGUGGACAAACGUUACCAUGUCGAAAACGAUCGUCGACAAAUUAUGUUUGUGAUCUAAAAUAUAUGAAUCAAGUCGAAUAUGAUCAGACAAGUCAAGAGGUUUUAGUUCAAGCUGGAACAACAUGGACAAAUGUUAUUUAUAAACUCAAUUUUUAUGGUCGAUCACCAGUCGUUAUGCAAAGUUAUUGCACAUUUAGUGUAGCAGGUACCCUAUCAGUCAAUGCACAUGGUAUUACUUCAGAUGAUGCUAUAUAUAAUUCAGUGAUCAGUAUUGAAUAUAUUGAUAUUAAUGGAAAAGAACAAGAAUGUAGUCGAGAGAAAAAUCAAGAGUUAUUUUCAUUGAUUAUUGGUGGAUAUGGCCUUUUUGUAAUUAUUACUCGAGUGCGAUUAAUGACUGUACCAAAUAUAAAAACAACAUUAGAAUACAUUCGAUUACAAGUAAGUGCUAUGAAUGAUAGGAGUUUUUGUUAUAAUGACUUACAUCGAUAUUCUUUGAAUAUAAAAUUUAAGAUAGAUUUCGAUUAA